UCGGUAAGCCGAAGUGUUAGUCGCCAUUUGAGGUCUUUCUGUCGUCAAAUAUGUGUUAAGUUUGCUCAAGACAGGUGUCAGACUGGAUUAAUACCGAUUAUGAUUGAUUGAUUAAGAUGAUUUCAUGCAAAGGGUUUUAAAUAUUCCGACGUGAAACAAUGUCGAGAUCAGCAAAACACGGAAAGAAAGGUAAAGACAAGCGACAUGCCAAAGACCAUGCGGAGGAUGUUCCACAAGGAGAGAAAGAAGGAGCUUUGGCUUUUCAGGUGUUAUCUGAGCAGAAUACCAAAGAAAUACUGGGUCUAUCUAUAGAGGACAUACAAAGAAAGUUAGCUGAGCUAUUUUCCCUGACUCAACACAGUGUUGACUUAAAAGAUGGAGCCAUUCUAGAUUACUUCACAUGUGGAGUUUACUGGGCUAAGGGGAUGUCAUUCACUUUACGACAGACAUCUGGAUUCUUCACACUACUUCAUACACUUUUAGAAAAUGUUAAAGAUCACCACUUGUCACUGGUUGACAACAUGAAGGCGUUCAAGAAGAUGAUGUCUGGAAUUGGUGUGGAAUCACCGCUUUCAAGUGGAGGACUGGAUUUCUUCGAUGUGGAUCAUGCCAAGCUUAUAUCGGAUUAUGUCUUUACAAGUUUCUUCCAGCACUAUAAGCUAUAUGAGUUUGUGUUCAGUCACACACAAGCAGAAGAAAUCAUAGGAGCUGAUCUGGACAUUGAAGUUGCUAAACCAUCAGAGUUGCCAUACCCUGCCCCAUUGGAUGAAGGUGUCAGUGAGGAGAUGUAUCAGAGUUACAUUGCCACUCCCCCUCCGUCUCCAGAGCCUGUGGUGGUACCAGAGGUCAAAAUUGACCCAAUAGAGACGGAGACAAAUAUCUUUGAGGAGUUGACAGUAGAUGACGUAAGAGAAGUGGUGGAGAGUGUGGCACAGGAAAUGCUGACAGGACUACAGACUGAAUUACUCAAAAAACUGCGAAACAAGGAGGGGGAUAUUUUAGCUCGGAUCAACAAAAUCCAUCAGGUAGCAGAGACUUGAGUGCAGAAAUUUACAAUGAAUUUACUUUGUUUUGUAUAUAUACAUCAAAUAUUGAUAAACUUCAAAGUCAAAACUUUCAAAACAUAACAAGAACUCCCCAUGUCCUAAAGGGGAAAAGGUAAUGUUAAGUAUUCUUUUUAAAGCAGUACAUAGUUUUAUGUAUUGAUCUCUUGUAAGCCACCUAAUCACACAUCUGUCUCAAGUGAAAAACGUUGACAGAUAGAAUGUAACCAGCAUUUCUCCAUUCUCUGUUAAACCUGAACUGUGAUAAAAAGAACGGUUACUUGAAACUUAAUUGCCUACUUUCUUGUUAUGGUGAAUUAAAUAAACGUGUACAA